AUGGCUAAUAAUUCUAAAGUUGCCAAUAAAGUUUGUUUGGUUGUCAUCGAUGGAUGGGGCGUUGAUGCUGAAACUUAUGGAAAUGCCAUUGCAAACGCUAAGACUCCGGUAAUGGAUAAAUUAUGUUCAGGAAAUUGGACACAAAUUCAAGCCUUUGGACUUCAUGUUGGUUUACCAGAUGGAUUAAUGGGUAAUAGUGAAGUUGGUCAUCUUAACAUUGGAGCAGGAAGAGUUGUUUAUCAAGAUAUUGUUAGAAUAAACAUGACUGUUGAUAAUGAAAAAUUUGCAGAAAAUGAAAAUUUCUUAGAAGUUGUAAAUAAUGCAAAAAAUGGAAACGGAAGACUUCAUUUAUGUGGUCUUGUUAGUGAUGGUGGUGUUCAUUCUCACAUCACUCAUCUUUUUGCAUUAAUUAAAGCUGCUAAGGCAUUACAAGUUCCAGAACUUUACAUUCAUUUCUUUGGUGAUGGUAGAGAUACACUUCCACAUAGUGGUGUUGGUUAUAUGGAAGAACUUCAAAAAUUUUUAGCAGAACAACAAUAUGGUGAGUUAGGUACUGUUGUUGGAAGAUAUUAUGCUAUGGACAGAGAUAAUAGAUGGGAAAGGAUUCGAGUUGCCUAUGAAGCAUUAACUGUUGGAACCGGUGAAAAAGCAGAUGCUUCUGAAGCUAUUAAGGUUAUGAAAGAAAGAUAUGCCAAAGAUCAAACAGAUGAAUUUUUAGAACCAAUAGUUUUUGGUGAAAAAUCUCGCAUUAAAGAUGGUGAUUCUGUUGUCUUUUUCAACUAUCGUGCAGAUAGAAUGCGUGAGAUAACUGCAGCAAUUGGUCUCAACAGAGAUGAAGAAAUGAAAACCACUGUUAAGCAACCAAAAGUUAUGCUUGUAGGAAUGACACAAUAUAAUGUUAAUUAUCCUUUUAAAGCUUUAUUCCCACCUGUAUCACAUGUUAAUGUUCUUGCUGAAACACUUAGCAAACAAGGUGUUUCACAAUUCCAUUGUGCUGAAACUGAAAAGUAUGCUCAUGUAACAUUUUUCUUUAAUGGUGGAAAAGAAGCUCAAUACGAAAAUGAAGAAAGAUGUAUGGUUCCCUCACCAAAAGUUCCAACAUACGAUAUGUUACCAGAGAUGAGUUCAGCUGGUGUUGCUGAUAAAAUGAUUGAAAAAAUACAAGAAGAAAAACAUCCAUUCAUUAUGUGUAACUUUGCUCCACCAGACAUGGUUGGUCAUACUGGUGUAUAUGAAGCAGCUAUUAAAGCAUGUGAAGCUACUGAUACAGCUAUCGGAAGAAUGUACGAAGAAUGUAUGAAACAUGGUUAUAUAUUAAUGGUAACCGCCGAUCACGGAAAUGCUGAAAAGAUGAUUUCACCAGAAGGAGGAAAAUUCACAGCUCACACAUGUGCACCAGUACCUUUUACUUGUUCAUCAGACAAGUUUAUCUUUAAAAAAUCACUUCCUGAUAGAUUAAUGGCUUUAAGAGAUGUUGCCCCAACAGUCCUUGAUAUUAUGGGCCUUGAAAUUCCAAAAGAAAUGGAUGGUGUAUCAGUUGUAGAAAAAAUUUAA